AUGUGCCACAAAAACACAAAGAAAUCUGGCUUUUUAAAGAAUGUUCCAAAAAGCUGGAGACAAACUAAUUCACUGUUAGACAAAGUGAACUGUGGACCACUGCCUCAGAAUCACAAGCCCGUAAUUCCAGUUAUUCAGAGGCAGAAGGAAAUUGCAAAUCUGAGGAACGGGACACCCGAAGGGGCCGCUCGGGGCGGAGAGCAGGAGGGCGUCCGGACCGGCCCCGGCCCCCACCGGCCGGAGAGACGUACUCACCCUGGGCCCCGGCUCCGCGGAGCCGCCCCCGAGGCCGCGGGGUUCCGACUUCCCCAGUACUUAGAAAACGGACCGAAAACCAGCCGGGUCGCCGGAGGUCACCACGGGCUUCCGGUUUCCCGGACGACCCCGCUGCUUCCCCCGCGAAGGUGGCCGCUCCGGGUGCGCCGCGGAGGGAUUCCCAUGUCGGUGGCUGCGACGACCGGGGCGUGGCCCUGCCCGCGGGCAGAGGUUAACACAAGGACGGGAGAGCCGGUCUGGAGGAGCGGGGCUGCCGCGGGACCGGGCCCGCUGCCCAGCGGACGCGCGCGAGAUCCAGGCCCGCCGGCGCCGGCCGCCCGGAGCCGGACCAACCGCGCGCCGCCCCACGGGGUCGAUGCCGGGCGGGGACCGGAAGGGUGGAGGAGCGCCUCCCGGCUGGAAAAUCACGGCGGGACGGAGGUCAGGGCUGCGCGAGGGAACCGGAAGUCAGGCCUGAGGGAAUCGCGGGGGCGCUCCGAAGCCGGGCUGAAGGAGAGAGAGACUGGGUGGCGGAGGGUAACUACAUGUCCCGUCAGCCUCCGCGACAGGGCGGGUCAGACUACGUGUCCCGACAGCCUCCGCGGCAGGGCGGCUCAUACUAUGGGUCCCGUCAGCCUCCGCGGCGGGAGGAGGACUCGCGGGGGCGGCGUGGAGCCGGAAUGAACAUUUGGGAGUUGCUUGAGCUCUCUUGACACCAGGCACUGUUUAAAAAUGUCCUGCUUAGUUUGUGGUUAAUAAUAAGGAGAUAUAUAUUGAAAGAAGUCCACCAUCUUCUGAAAUUUUCCACCCACAUCUACCGUCUCAUGAAUAUCCAGAUAUUCAGGAUAUAAUAUUGGCUACAGGUAGGUAUCAUUUUCACCGGAGUAGAUUUGGAAUUGACUGCAGUUUCGGAACAAAAACAUAAGGGUCUGGCUCAAUUUCUACCUAUGGUUCAGACUGCCUCUCCCAUUUUUAGGCAACUGUGUAUUUUUAGCAUUAUUUCAAAUCUUGUUUUUAAUUAGGCAGCUUGUAAAAAUAAUGAAGAUACUUGUUUUUGUUUUAGAUUUUAUAUAGGUAUGCUGUAAGAAGAAACAAUUUUGAGGAAAAAAUAAAUUUAAAUUUAAAAAUGAAAUUCAGAUUUAAAUUACAUAUUG